AUGUCGCACGACCAGCAUAACAGUCACGGAGGCGAUUGCGGCCAUGAAGCGCACGACCACGGCCACGAUCACGGCCACAGCCAUGACGAGACCGGCGGGCCCAAGGACAACCUCUACAUCCGCAUCGACAGACCGAACGUCGUGGCACUCAAUGCGGACAAGGAGGGCCCGGAGGUGAUCAAGCCAUGGGAUAAGCGCCUUGAUGAGGUGGUAUAUCUGGAGUCGGACGCGGACGAUCAGAUGAUCAUACGCGUCCCAUUCACCGGCUCUGUCAAACUCCGCGCCGUCCUCAUCAAGAGCGGUCCCGCCAACCAGACUCCGGCGAAAGUCUUAUUGUAUGCCAACGAGAACAACCUUGAUUUCUCGGACGCAACGGAUAAGAAGCCGACGCAAGAGUUCGCGGUGGCGCAGGGUAGGGAAGUGGGGGAGUACUCCGUCAUGCCUGCCAAGUUCUCCAACAUCACCUCCAUCACCUUGUUCUUCCCCGCCUCCCAAGGCGCCGAUACGACCCGAAUUUACUACAUCGGCUUCUUGGGGUCCUGGCACGAGAGGAAAGAAAACCCAGUCGUGACGGUGUAUGAAGCGCAGGCAAACCUGGCUGACCACGAGAAGAUACCAGGGACGGAGGGCAACUUCAGCGCGCCCCAAUCGUGAUCGUACCCCCAACUGGACGUUAUCUUGUACCAUGGCGUGACGAAAUGGAAGGUCCAAUGGAGCAAUUCAAUGAAGAAAGGAAAGAACGAAGAAGUGUGGCUUAAUGUAUUCUAGCUUGCAUUCGUUAUAUAACAGAGGGUUCAUAUUGUAGUGAAGCCGGGUGGAGGACACAUUUCUGAGUGUCGCUGCGAAGUCCCGGAACCAAAUCGAUGGAUACCUUACACUUAGCGUGCUCCUG